GAAUAAUUUAAAUUUUAUUGUUUUUUUAGAGCAGUAAAUCAAUAGUGAUAUAUGUUAGUUAAUAAAGAAUGAUUUAAGUUAUCAUAGUAAAAUAUUUAUGGCAUUAGGACAGUUUCGAAGUUACGUCUGGGAUCCUAUUUUGAUUAUAUCACAAAUAAUUGCUGUACAGUCAAUUUUUUACUUGUUUUUGGGUAUUUGGUUUUUUUGUAUUUAUAAUUUUAUUGGACAACAGGUUCUAGUGCAGCAUUUGUUUGAUCCAACGAUUGUAAGUUUUUCAACUGGUGGCAGAAUAUAUCUUUGUGUGUUUAUUCUCAACUCAUUAUCAAACUCUAUUGCACUUUGGUUUAUUGUUCAGCGUGCCAAACAGUGCCUAGAUUUUACCUGCACCUCCCAUUUUAUACAUUUAAUUAUAUGCUGGUGUGUUUCUUCAUUUCCAACUGCUUGGACCUGGUGGGUCAUGAAUGUGGCUUGUAUUGUUUUAACAUCACUUUUAAGUGAAUACAUGUGUAUGCGCUAUGAAAUGAAAGCUAUUCCAAUUAACAAUAAUGGAACACCCUGAAUUAACUGCUGGAACACUAGAUUGAAUAUAUGAGAUACCAUUGUUACCAUUUAAUUUGAAGGAAUUACAGUAAAGUUGCAAAGGUUUUUUAUGAGAACAAUAUAUUCUUAAAUACAUCAUUGCUUUUAGAUGUAUUGAAGUACAUUAUACAUAAAAAGUUAUAUAAAAUAUUAUAUUAUAUUUGCUAUAAAAUUGCUAUAUUUAUUAAAAUAUUUGUGGCGUGAAAUGUUUUUGUUAAAAAUAAAUAAAUAUUAAAAUUAUUUUUUUGAUCAUAUUAGAAAUGAGGUUUUGAAUUUAGUAAUUGAUUUUUUAUAAUAUUAGAAACAGAUUUUGUAUUUAGUAAUUGAUUUUGUUAGCUAUAUUAAUGUGUCUAUCAAGUGUUA